GUUAAAGUGUGUCCUGUUACCCCUGUGUGAUAGGCCUUAUGUUCCUUCUAUGGUCAUCUGUUCCAGCUCAAAUCAGAGAGUUACGUGCUCCUCUGUCUAACCUUCUCCAUGGUCCAGCUCUGUGGCAAUUCAGAUUACAUGGUUUAACUCAUUCACACAGACGCCUUUGUGAUGCUGCGCCUUUGAUCCACAAUGACUUGACAGAAAACAUAUUAUGAAAAAUGUUUUUCAAUGACAUCCAACAUUUGUUUUCCUUGACUUACAAAUAGCUUGUUUAGGAAAGAGGAAGCACUUACCUAGUGGUGAUCUCCAGGAGUUAGGGGAGGGAAAAGACAGUCUAACUCAAUCUUAAUUAGUAAGGAUCUCAGACACAGAUUUAAGGGGAAUGUUCCUGCACUGGAUGACAAACGAGCAGGGAGCUUUAAUUUGUGUUUCUCUGUAACACUGGGGACUGGCUGAUAAAACAUUUGUGAGAACAGAGAAGGAAGGAAAAAACUAAAACAAGGGCAAAAAACGAUUUCAUCAUAGACAGACAUGAUCUCCUCCACAGUGUUGUUCUAUGGGAACUACGUGCUGUGCCUGUGUCUGGGACUGCUGUGUGUGGUGUUUGUCAGUUACUGGAACAUCGAGUGGCGUGGUGGCUUUGCCUGGGAUGCGUCCUUUCUGCAGUUCAACUGGCAUCCCGUGCUCAUGGUGACUGGCCUGGUAGUCCUGUAUGGGAACGCGGCUAUCCUAUACCGCAUCCCCUUUACCUGGAGUCAGAGGAAGCAGCGCUGGAAGCUGGUGCACGCUGCUCUGCUGCUGUCCUCCCUGCUCCUGUCCAUCCUUGGGCUGUGUGCUGUGUUUGACUUCCACACAGGCUACCACAUCCCCAACCUGUAUUCCCUCCACAGCUGGGUGGGCAUCUGCACUGUAGUCCUGUUCACUGCCCAGUGGGUCCUUGGCCUGGUUGGUUUCCUGUCUCCCUGCUCUCCCCUCGGGUUCCGUAAGCUCCUGAAACCAGUUCACGCCUGGAUGGGCAUGGCCAUCUUUAUCCUCAGCCUGGCCUCCUGUCUCUCUGGCAUCAACGAAAAACUGCUCCUUGCUCUCAACGGCAACAGCAACAGCACCGCAGCCUAUUCCUCACAUCCUGCAGAGGCCUUGUUUGCUAACUUCCUGGGUGUCCUGAUCGUGGCCUUUGGAUUGGUGGUCCUUGGAAUCCUGUCCAACCAGAGGUGGAAUAGGCUGGAGCCAGGGCAGGAGAGCUCUAGAUCAUUGCUUCCGGAGGACAACUGAAGAAGUAGAAGACCUUGGUGUCCUCUUCUUCUCCCUGCCCUUUUCUAUUUUUGGAUAAUGGAUCAAUUGGAGACAAAGAACACUGAUGUUCCCUCCUGUGUCUCAGAAUACCAGCUGUGGUAGUAGUUACACGUGACAUGAUGACAUGAUGACUGACAUGCAAUGUUUUUACUCUAUACUGUCUAUAGUAUAUGGGAGACUAUGUGCAUUAAAGCAUUAUU